AUGGAGAGCCCGGUGGCCCCCUGCGUCCUCUACCCGGGGGACGGAGCGUGCGGCCAGGCCGGGGGCCGGGGCGACGCUCCCGAGGCUCCGGGAGAGGGCGGCCUGCAGCCGCCAGACGCGGCCGCGGGGGAGGGCGCUGCGUCCCCGGCGCAGACACCCUGCAGUCUCAGCGCGUCCCUGUGCUUCAGCUCCGGGAACGAUUCCCCGCCCUCUUGUCGCCGCGGCCGGCGGGUGGUGCAGAGGCAGUGGGAAGUCGGCAGCGCGGGCGCCGCGUCCCCGGAAGGGCGCGCGUCCCCUGAGGAUCCCGUGUCCCCCGAGGAGCGCACGUCCCCAGAAGAGUCCGCGUCCCCGGAAGAUCCCGCGUCCCCCGGGGAGCGCCCGCCGGCCGAGGAGCCCACGUCCCCGGAAGAGCCCGGGGACCCCGCGCCCGUGCCCCCCGGCGUCGGGCCGGAGCACGGGGAGCCCGACCUGCUUAUCGAGGUGUCGGGCCGCCGGCUGCGGGCGCACAAGGCGGUGCUGGCGGCGCGCAGCGACUACUUCCGCGCGCGCGCGUCGCGGGACGUGCUGCGGGUGCAGGGCGUGGGCUGGGCGGCGCUGCGGCUGCUGCUGGCCUACGCGUACAGCGGGCGCAUGGCGGGCGUGCGGCCCGACAACGUGGCCGACGUGGUGGCCGGCGCGCGCCGCCUACAGCUGCCCUGCGCCGCGCAGCGCGCCACCGACGCCGUGGCGCCGCAGCUGAGCUUGGCCAACUGCUUCGAGGUGCUGAGCGCGGCCAAGCGGCAGCGGCUGGCCGAGCUGCGCGAGGCCGCCUACCGCUUCAUGAGCGACCACUACCUAGAGGUGCUGCGCGAGCCCGCCGUCUUCGGGCGCCUGUCGGGCGCCGAGCGCGACCUGCUGCUGCGCCGCCGCCUGCGCGCCGGCCGCUCCCGUCUUCUGGCCGCCGCGCUCGGCCCGGCCGGGGAGCGCGCGGGCAGCCGGCCGCAGAGCCCGUCGGGGGACGCGGAGGGCCGAGGCGACGCCGCCGUCUACUGCUUCCACGAGGCGGCCGGCGAGUGGCGCGAGCUGACGCGGCUACCCGAGGGCGCGCCGGCUCGGGGCUGCGGCCUUUGCGUGCUCUACAACUACCUCUUCGUGGCCGGCGGCGUGGGGCCCGCGGGCCCCGACGGCCGCGCGCGGCCCUCGGACCGGGUCUUCUGCUACAACCCGGCCACCGACCGCUGGAGCACCGUGCGGCCGCUGCGCCAGGCGCGCUCGCAGCUGCAGCUGCUGGCCCUGGACGGCCACCUGUACGCCGUGGGCGGCGAGUGCCUGCUCAGCGUGGAGCGCUACGACCCGCGCGCCGACCGCUGGGCCGCCGUGGCCCCGCUGCCCCGGGGCGCCUUUGCCGUGGCACACGAGGCCACCACCUGCAACGGCGAGAUCUACGUGUCUGGGGGCUCUCUCUUCUACCGCCUGCUCAAGUACGACCCGCGGCGCGACGAGUGGCAGGAGUGUCCGUGCAGCAGCAGCCGCGAGCGCUCGGCCGACAUGGUGGCCCUGGACGGCUUCAUCUACCGCUUCGAUCUGUGCGGGGUCCGCGGCGAUGCGCCGGGGGCCGGGCCUGCGGGGGGGGUCAGCGUGUUCCGCUACCACUGCCUGGCCAAGCAGUGGAGCCGCUGCGCCUCGCACCUGCGGCCCCCUGGCGCGCCAUCGGGCCUACAGCCCUUCCGCUGUGCCGCGCUGGAUGGCACCAUCUACUGCGUGAGCCGCGCGGGCACCUGGCGCUUCGUGCCGCCCCCGGACGGCGAGCCCGGCGCCGGCGACGCGGGCCCCGAAGGCAGCUUCGAGCUCCAGUCGCUCCGAGCCCCCGCGGACGCCCGGGGCCUGUUCUUCCCGUUCGUGCUCAACCUGCCGGAGGAGAAGCCAGACCGAGGCGAGGAGGGCGCCGCGUAGAGUGGG